AUGACGACGCUCAACGUCAAGGCGGGGCCUAUGCUCCGAUACGACAAUGUCGAUCUCACCUCGGGCAUCUACCACGCCUACGCCAUGAUCGUCACCGAGGACGCAACCAGUGACUACCAGCUCACGCCCACUCUUCAGUACCGAUGGGAGGACGCCACCAGCGUUUCGGCUACCAACGACGGCAAGACGGCCGUCACCGAAAACGAGUCGCACAAGCAAUCCGAAGCCAUCAAGCUUCACCAGUACCACGGCAAGGAGGGCUCCUUCACCUUUUGGCGUUUCAAGAUCGAGGUUCCUCUCGCCGAUCGCGAGCUUGCUGUCCACUACUCGAUCGACGGCGAGGCACACCCCAACUCGCAAUCCGAGGCCAUCAAGGGCAUGACCGGCCACACCUUCUUCGUCCCCUCCAAGACCGACAACUUCCGAUGGGCCGGUCACAGCUGCAACGGCUUCAGCGCCUCGGUCGACGAGAAGGAGUUCAACGGUCCCAACCCUCUCUGGGACGACUUGCUCAAGGCCCACGCCAGCAAACCUUACCACGCCGUCAUCGGUGGUGGCGACCAGAUCUACUGCGACACGCUCGUUCGGGAGCCAGAGAUGCAGGAGUGGAACAACCAGUCCGACCCCAAGAAGCGAAUGAAGAUGCCCCUCACAGACGAGAUCCGCACCUGCAUCGACCGCUACAUGUUCAACCACUACUGCGAGUGGUUUGGCGGCGGAUCCUUCGCCAAGAGCAUCGCCCAGAUCCCCAUGAUCAACAUGCUCGACGACCACGAUCUCAUCGACGGCUUCGGUACCUACCCGGACGAUCUCAUGCGUGCCCCCGUCUUCAACUACGUCGGCGCUCGAGGCUACUUUUACUUCCUCCUCUUCCAGCUCUUUGUCAACGACGAGGUGGAUGGUGUCAGCGAGACUUCGCACCCCAACAAGAGCAUGAUCAUCGGCGGUGACGGCGUCUACAUUCCCUUCAAGAACCACAGCUUGCUCUCCUACCUCGGUCCCAAGCAGUGGAUCCUGCUGGCCGACUGCCGUUCCGAACGCAAGCUUGAUCAGAUCUGCAGCAAGGCCACCUACCAGCGCCUGUUCGAUGCAGUUCGCAAGCUGCCUCCCGGCGUCGAGCACCUCAUCUUUUUGCUCGGUGUACCGCUCGCCUACCCCAGAAUGGUCUUUUUGGAGCGUACGCUGUCCAGCUCCAUGAACCCGCUCAUUAUGCUUGCCAAGGGUCUUUCGCCUGGCUUCACCAACAACUUCAACGGUCAGGUCGAGCUGCUCGACGAUUUGGGAGACCACUGGUGUGCCGGACCUCACAAGCACGAACGAAACUGGCUCGUGGAACGCGUUCAGGAGGUUGCGCUCGAGAAGCACCUCCGCGUCUCGUACAUCAGCGGUGACGUCCACGCAGCCGGUGUCGGCGUCUUCUACGGCUACCACCAGCACGAUCCCAGCUUGGACCCCAAGUACUCGCUCGCCGUCAUCACCUCGGCCAUCGUCAACACCCCACCCCCACCCGCGGUCAUCUCGAUGCUCAACAAGCUCGCCAGCAAGAAGCACCGUUCGCUCUUCUACUGCGGAACCAAGGAGACCAUGGUGCCGCUCUUUGAAACCGAUCUCAACGAUCAGAAGCAGAAGGACAAGUACAUCAUCGGUGCACGCAACUGGUGUUCCGUCGAAUACCUGACUGCCACUGGCGAGUUGGAGUUCGAUCUUCGAGUGGAAAAGGUCAGAGGUGGUGGAGAGACAAAGAGCUAUGCGGUCAAGGCUCCGGCUCCGAAAUGGGAUGUGGCGAAGCAGCAUCAUCACUUGCUGUUGACCAAGAACUUUGAUAAGGAUGUCGGUACGCUUAGGGGUACGGGUAAGGUGGGUGAGCCGGCAAAGGCGUAG